AUGACUACAAAGGUGCUUGAGGCUCGGUUCGAGCAGUUGAACGUUAACGACGAGAACGAGCCGCCAGUCAACAGUCUUCACCUCAAGGCAAAGGGCGUGCCAUCAAAAUGUGGUCCGCCUUCAAACUCACACAGCAAUGCCAGCUCAAACCGGCCCAACCUUCUCAAGCUUGCGCUUCAAAACAACAACGAAUCCAAGUCUCACCGAAGCCCACUAGAAGAAGAGUCUCCCAACACAUUACGCAUGAACGAUUCAGCGGGCAACCCGAAAAAGUUCCAUCUCGGCAUGUUCGAGAUUGGCAAACCACUUGGCAAAGGAAAGUUCGGAAGAGUAUAUCUUGCCCGCGAGAGAUCUACGGGUUUCGUAUGCGCAUUGAAGGUGUUGCACAAGAGUGAACUCGUCCACGGCCACGUUGAGAAGCAGCUAAGACGUGAGAUCGAAAUCCAGAGCAACCUCCGACACCCAAACAUUCUCAGAUUAUACGGCCAUUUCCACGAUAGCAAGCGAGUGUUCCUCAUCCUCGAGUUUGCUGGGAAGGGAGAGCUUUACAAGCAUCUAAGAAAGGAGAACAGGUUUCCUGAAUGGAAAGCAGCCCAAUACAUUGCCCAGAUGGCUGCUGCCUUGAAGUAUCUGCACAAGAAGCAUGUUAUGCAUCGCGAUAUCAAACCAGAAAACAUCCUGGUUGGGAUUCACGGAGAGAUCAAGAUCAGUGAUUUCGGCUGGAGUGUACAUGCCCCAAACAACCGAAGACAGACGAUGUGUGGAACUCUCGACUACCUUCCCCCAGAGAUGUUGAAGCCCGGAUCCGGCGACAAGUGGUAUGACGAGAAAGUUGACCUGUGGAGCUUGGGGGUUCUUAUAUACGAGUUCAUCGUCGGUGAAGCUCCCUUUGAAGACUCACCAGUGAUGACGCACAGAAGGAUUGUCCGGGGAGAAAUGACUAUCCCGUCUUUCGUAAGCCCCGAAGCCAGGGAUCUUAUUAAGAAGGUAAAUGCUCUGCCUCUUUCCCCUAGCUUUUCACACGGGUAUCACUGA